AUGUAUUUAACGUGGGCUUCUUUUAACAAUUUAAGAAUGCUUUUAAUGGCUUGUAUGCCAAUCGUGAUAUUUUAUUUGAUAUGGUUAGUGAAUACGUCAGAAGGGAUACGAAGUGAAGAAGGCACUCUUUUGGAUUUAAUAUGCUGGCCAGACGGUAACGCAAUUCCUGUUAUUAUUGCAUGUGGUUCCAUAGUUGCUGUAGUAAUUGAGCUUUACGGUCUAUAUCAGUUAUUUAAAGCGGGUCUACCGAAAAGAGAACACAAUGUCACCAACGGCCUGUUUUACUACAUUUGGGGAUUGAUUAUCAUGAUAAUUAUUUUCCUUGCAAUUAUGUUUUAUUCAGGAUUGCAAUCGACAAUAAUUCGAGCCAAAAUAAAAGGUGGGAUCACUAAAGCGAUGCUAAGAUAUGCCAGCCAUUUGCCAUCCAAAGUAGCAAUCGAUAGAUUGCAGACGAGGUUCCGUUGCUGCGGGCGCGUUGACUACCAAGAAUGGUUUUAUAUACCUUGGUUCAACACUGGUAACAGCGUAGCCACUGAUGCUGUAUCAAAUAGUAAGUUCGUCGCGGACAACGUUCCUUACAGCUGCUGUUCUAAAGAUGUUCUCUCACCCUGUAUACAUCAUGGCAUCACACAAGUCGGGCUUAUCUAUAAAUACGACCCAACAAAACAGCUCACGAUCUGGUCGGAAGGUUGCGAAGAGAAACUGAUCAACGAGAUGAUGUCGGUGUCCUGGCGGUUUAAUGCUGUAAUGUCCUUGAUGAUAUUAAAGAUGAUUCUGCAAAUGAUAGCUGUACGGUACUUACACACGGCAUAUAAAAAUGGCUUACACUGUGGCAAUCAAAUCACGUGCUAUGCUUACUUAUUACGUUCCGCGACAGACAGCAAGGUGCAGCAGACGGCGACCGCCAAAAGAAAAGCUUUAAGGAAGAAACAGAUAAAACAAUCGCGCACCCUGCAAUGGGUUACGGGAAGUUCGAGGACGGGUUUGAGAAGAUACUCGAGUUCGUCUGCAUCGGAUAUUAAUAGUUCUGACGAGUUGUUAAAGCCUGUUUUCGAAUAA